AUGGCUGGACUCGAGUCGGUGAUUCAGCACUUGCAUGGACUUGGUUGGGCACAUAAUGAUCUCAUUCCGGCAAAUAUCCUGGUUAGCGAAGCUGGUCAACCUGUUUUGAUUGAUUUUGGGGGAUGUCAGAAGUUUGGUGAGAGGUUGAAGUAUAUUCGGGGGACGAAGGAUUGGAUUGAGGGCAAAAUCGAAGAUUACACUACGUCUGAAGCACAGCAUGAUAUCUUUGCACUUGGCAAGAUUAAGGAUUGGCUUGAUACUAGUAAUCCACAGGUGUAG